AGGGCCAAGAAGGUGUAGCCUUCAUAAGAUGUGUCCCUGUGGGAACUUACACAUUUACCGCUGGCUGGAGCUCUUUGAGCUUUAUCUUUUUUGACGGGAGUAUUUUUUAUUUUUUCGUUUUGGAGGGUAAGCUGAAUCACAGGGUUGUACGACUGGGACAUCUCUUGCAUAUAUACCUCGUCACCCAGCUGAUGACAGAUCAUCUUGGACCUUGGAUGCAAAGGCAAGCGGCGAUGCGUUGGCACCGCUGUUAACUCUUUGGACACAAACUGAGCUGAAGCUUGUUUUGUUUUUGUUUGCUGGUUUCUAUCUUCAAGAAGGGCAGAGGAAAUCUGGAAUCCACAAUAAUGAAGCUGAAGCCGAACCAGACCAGGACGUACGACGGAGAGGGUUUUAAGAAAAGAGCGGCGUGUCUGUGCUUCAAGAAUGAACGGGAGGAGGAGGUUCUGCUGGUCAGCAGCAGUCGGCACCCGGAUCAGUGGAUCGUUCCCGGAGGAGGGAUGGAGCCCGAGGAGGAGCCCUGGGGCGCGGCGGUGCGAGAAGUCUUCGAGGAGGCCGGCGUGAAGGGCAAACUGGGACGCCUUCUCGGCGUGUUCGAGCAAAACCAGGACCGGAAGCACCGGACGUACGUUUAUGUUUUGACUGUGACGGAGACGCUGGAGGCCUGGGAGGACUCGGUUAACAUAGGCCGGAAGCGGGAGUGGUUCACCGUGGACGACGCCAUCAAAGUGCUGCAGAGCCACAAACCCGUUCACGCCGAGUACCUGCGGAGGCUCCAGCUCAGCUGCUCCCCCACCAACGGGAACUCCAUCCUCCCGAGCCCGCCUCCGAACGACAACUACCCUCACUACAGCACCACCACCGGCGCCCCCUCGACGGGCAGCGUGCUGGGCUCCUCCUGCAGAUAGGACCUCACCGCGCCGCCGCCUCGCCUGUCCCGACUCGGGACAGUUCACAGGAAGUCUGUACAGUCUCUUGCAUGAAAUCUAAAAGACUCCUCAGAGCCUCGGCUCGCCUGUAUUUAUUAUUUCUUCCCCUCGCUUCAAGACUGACCAAAGCUGCUGCCAGGACUGUGAUGGAAGACUGAAACGUCUCUGAUGCUGGCAAGAUUCAGACUGCAGCGUUGGGGAGGGGAAAAAAAAAACCAAGGAUGGCUGGACACUGCUGGUGUGAAUGAACUUUAACUAUGGGAUGCCUUAUUGAAACUUUGUACGAAUGUUUUGAUUCACUAACCGUCGCGGUUACCUUUUUAGCGGCGACGUGCGGGCUGUGGGAAAAAAUACAAAUGAAAAGAGUAGCUGGCUGCAGCAGCACAUCGGUGUGCAGAAUGUUUCCAUGGUAAUGUCAUCAACGCGCGAUGGUAACGGUAAAUAUAUUACACAUGAAUAUUUAUUAAAAAGAAAACACCUUCAAGUUCAAAAAUCCCUUUGUUUCACUUUGUGUAAACUUUUUCUUCUUUUUUUUUUUUUUUUUUUACAGUUGUAUAAUGAUAUAAAGAUAAAAUAGCUAUUAAAUCUGCUUUCCUGCACUGCUUUUCAAAAGUAAAUGAAGUUUAAAAUGUACUUUGGGGAAAAAAAAGCUUAAGUUUUCAAUACGUUCUACCUCAGUAUACUUAAACUGGACACGACCAUCCUGUUCGGUGACCUCUUCUGACGCAAUGCUACUAAUUAAAGUUCAGCCUGCGGCGUCACCUAACUAGCGUGUGCACACCAUCUUCUGUCUGAAGUGUUAAAUCCAGCAGACUGCAGCUCUGGUGGAUUUAUCUGAACUGAUAUUUCUAGAUAUCAAAGUAGAGAUGCACUGAUCAGUUAGUUGGCCAGAGAUCAAAAUCUGAUUCUAUUUUUUUUUUUCUUCUGUGGUGAAAUACCAACAUAUAAGACUUUUUUUUUUAUCAAAAGCAUCAAAACUAAAAUCAGCCCCUAUAUUUGUUCGGUAAGCACACCACUAGGAUUUCAUUUGAUUAUUUUUCUAUGUCUGGAUAAGAAUGGAAAUAAUGUUCUAAGUUAGUUCCUUGUUGCAAUUUUUUUUUUUUUGAAAGAAUCUGAAUUUCUUAAAAACAAAUAUUAGUCGUCUAUUUAAAUAAACAUUUUUGCAUUUACAUCAAAUACUGAGAUUCUGCUCAAGAUGGAAAAGCUGUCAUUUCACAACUUUGUUUUUUUUUCUUUUUUUUACUAGACCUGCUGUCAUUUUGAUUUAAACAGAGUAAUCAAAGCAUUUUUUAAUUUUUUUUUUUACUAACAAAAUUCAUCAGAAAUGAUAUUGUCUAUUAAGGAAUCUCUAUUUAUUGUUCAACAGUUGAGCUUGUAUUUGACAAGUGGAGAUGUUGUAUAGAUUGUAAAACGAGAACUAAAUUAGAUUUGGAUUCCAGAAAAGCUGAAAUUUCCCUUUAACACCCUGAGAGGAGAAUCAGAAGCCAACUUAGGCACCGGAUAGUUUAUUGCUGCUGUUAGGAAACGUAACAACAAAUUUCUUCCUAAUUUGUUGUAUUCCUUUAAGAAAAGAAAAAAAAAUCUAAAUCUGUGUCUGUAGUGGCCAGGAAAUGUCUGAUGGGUGCAUCUCUAUAUAAAACAUUAGGACUUGUUUGAAAUAUCUUGAACGUGUUUCUCUGCUCUUUCUGCAAACGUCAAUGUUUUUCCUCAUACUUCAAAGCAGUCUGAUAAAGUGAUCCAGUAAAAAAGAUGGAUCUCCCUGUAUUUGAUUACUGAUUUGUUUUUUCAAAAUAUCAUUAGUUUCGAACAAAAGAAAAGAUUCUACAUAUAAAAAUUAAAGAAAUGCUAACCCUCACAUGAUACCCUGAACUUAAUUUCCCAUGACAUUGUUUGCCACCAUAACUUUUUUUGGGGUUUUUUGUACGUUUCUGGGGGGUAAAUGGAAAUUUACUGCCCCUCAGCCAGGAUGUUUUUGCGAGUCAGCAUUUACAAUAAUCGUGUUAUUCCGCUAAACGCAUUGGAAAUGGAGGGGAGGAGCAAUAAUCCCGGAAAGGUUCCUGCAGUCCAAAUGCACCUAUGGUUUGUGAAAAUGCUUUCACAAUGUCAAAUCCAGAUUUAUUAUGAAUUUUCUGCAAGAUGUAAAUUGAAAACGGAUUGAAAAUCAAGAGAAAAUAUAACCUGUAUGAAAAUUGCCUCCCUACCUUUUACUUCGACAGCUGAAUGAACACUCGAUGUGUGUAAAUAACUUUAAGAGGCAUUGUAAAAUGUGUUUUUAACCUGUACCUCUUUAAUAUUUUCUAUAUUUUUUAAAAUGAUGCACAAACAGGACGUGUACAGUGUGGGAUGUUUAUGAUGUGAAGGCUUUGGAAAAGGAGAGUAGUGUCUCAUUCAUGAGAAAACACAAGGUUAUUUUUAAUUUGAGGACUUGUUUGAUUUGAUUUGAUUUUUUCAUUCACUCAAACACCUGCAGAGCCUGAAUAUACAAUAGGAAGUCCCAUCUUAGGUUGAGGCAAAAAUUACUCUUUUUAAAAUAAAAAAACGUAGAAACAUUUUUUGAGAAAUUUCAAAAAAUACUACAACCUGAAAUGUGUUUCCGUUUCCAACACUGGCAGACCAGACCGUUUAGUACGGUUAACUUUGGACUUGUUUUCCAGACUUUUUCUUUCUUUUAUGAUCACUUUGUUCCUUCUUCAUCACAUAAUCUUAUCUUUGUAAACAUCACCCAGGUCGUCUGAGCUGUCAUAAAGCUUCGGCUUCACCUACUGCUGUCUGUCCGCGCGCGCGCGUGUGUGUGUGUGUGUGUGUGUACAUAUGUAUUACAAGGGGUGUAUUUAAAAUUAGUUGUGCCAAAUGUCCAAAUUUGUGCUAUACUAGGAAAAAAAAAUCAUCUAUAUGUUGAAAAUUAGAUAAGGUCCAAUCAUGAGUUUCUACAAAGUAUUUAAAAUGUUUUAUGAAGGUUUAUUUCUUAAAGACAAAUUUUAUAUAUAUAUAUAUACCAUCUAAUUGGUGGUUUAAUUCUGCCUGAAACGAGUCGGCUGCGUGUGCCGAAACGCCGUUGAAUGUUUAAAGUCUUAGCCAGUUUCCAUCUGCUCUUAUUCUCCUGUUGACAAGCUUUUAAUCAAGGCAAGUGAAAGUGUUCUUACUGUUUAUCGUGACGUUGCGCGAAGCUCGAUGCGAAAGUGAUCUGGGCUGGAAGGAAGAGAUUGCAUUAAAGGAAGAGCAACUGAA